AGAGCUCAGCAUCAGUAAUCAUGCCGAUAUUCGAGGUGAACACCAACGUUGCCAGAAGCGCCGUGCCAGCGGCUCUUCUGUCCGAGGCUACCGCGGAGCUGACCAAAGCUUUGGGCAAACCUUCACAGUACAUUGCUGUGCACGUAAACUCUGACCAAAAUAUGACCUUUGGAGGAAAAGCAGACCCCUGCGCACUCUGUUCCCUCAAAAGCAUUGGCAAAAUCAGUGGUGCUGAAAACAAGGUGUACACCCAACUCCUGUGUGGACUGCUCCAAAAACACCUGGGCGUCUCUCCUGACAGGGUUUAUAUUGUCUUUAUAGACUUGUCCGCACCCAUGGUGGGUUGGAACAACGCUACGUUUGGCUGAGACGGAGGUCAACACACUGAAAUAGAAGAUCAUUCCAGUGUGUUCCUAACAUGUGUGAGCAUCGUAACAACUAAUGAAAUAAAGAAGCAAAGAUACUUUGUCAAAAUUCCUCCCAAUCAAAUGCUGUAUGAGUAUCUUCAAAAGCACUUACCUGGACCCUAUAGCUUUGCACUGAUCCUUUCCCAUUUAAAUGCAAUAAAGCACAUCUGAUAGACAAUG